AUGGCUCUCACGGUGUUUGCAGGUGGCUUGGCUGCGAAGCAGAGCUUCACUGACCGAGACAUUGUGCACUUCCUGACCAAUGUCGAGUGCCUGGAGGGUCAAUUUGACACGUGGGGCACCUUCGGCCACGGCUUCAACAACAACCUCACCCUGGGGGGACCCACCCCCAUCGGUGCCAGGAAGGCCAACCUGUCCGAUGCUGUCCUGCUUUACAUGCAGGAAGUGGCCCUCAACGAGCAGGGUCACGCGCUGUUCACUCGCCAGGCUGGCAGCGACCUGCCGUGCCCCCCUAUCGACUUCACCGGGGGGUUCAACAAAUACUUCGGCGCAGCCUACAAUCUAACAGGCGGUCGGACCAUCGAGUCCGAAUUCGGCACUCCCUUUGACCCUUUUGCCAACGAUGAGAACUUCCUGCUCUCUGUGCUCUCCCUGGAGGAGCUUGGGGCCACCGGCAACAAGGGACUUGUGGGACUGCUGGGUAACCCUGUCAUCGCCAAUGGUGUGGCCGGGCUCGCCACCAGCGCCACUGCGCAGGCCACUGUGCAGCGCGUGCUGCUGUGGCAGCGCCGCAACAACAUCGUGAGGCCCUUCAAUGAGACUGUGCAGCAAGUAUUCGCGCGCAUCUCUGCCCUGCGCGACUCCCUCGACGGCCCCCAGAUCGAUGACCAGGGCCUGCAGAACACCGACCCUCGCUACAUUGCUGUGCCGGCAAAUUACAUAAACAUCAUUCCCACCGACAUCCGGGGCCUCACCUUCUCACGCUCCCCUGAGCAGGUGAUCAACAUUGUGACCUUGGGCAGCCCAGUGGGCAAGGGUGUAUUCUUCCCAGAGGGUCUUUUGGGCGCCAUAGUAACGCCCUUCAGCUUCAAUGAGAGCCGCCCAGCCCUCGACAGCUUCCCGCCAACUUCCAGCAACAAGGUCGCCAGCCAGAUGAGCACGGAGCAGAUUGGCACCAUUCCACCAAGCCCCCUCCUGCCCACAAAUGUGACUGGUGAGCUGGACCUGACUCAGUCGCUGACUGGACAGCUUGACAAUGGAACUGCUGCCACCCGCGGCUUCGAGAUCCCUCCCCCAGGAGUUCCCUUCUUCUCCAAUGCCACCCAGGUGGCUGUUGCUCUCCCUUUGGCAGCUGCUGGCACCCCUCCAGCCGCCUCCCUGGGUUGA